AUGAUGAAAUAUGAGUUAGAGAGCUCAACUACUACUCCAGAUUUGAUGGGCAGAUAAAAAAUGCAUUAAUAGAUUCUACCCAAACUUAAAAGUUUGGUUGAUCAUAUACCUUAUUAGGAUCAAGAAGUCCCAAUAAAUGAUUCAUAUAUAUUAGAACUAUUAGCUGUUUUAGUUAAGAUAUUUAAUAGCGGAUUGGAUAUGUUACAAAUCUAAAGUCCAUAACUUUCAGAAGUUCACAGCGGAUUCUUCAGUCAUCUCUAUCCAAUCAUCGAGAAUAGAAAGUCAACCAAAUUCAUCUAGAAAUGCCUCAAAUUCGUUAAAGUAGACAGACUCAAGGCACCUAUUUGGAUCUUAUUAGAGUUGAAUUCAAACACUCUUUUGGAAUUCAUAUUAUCCAAUGAGACCAAAGAGAAAUAUUAAAAUAAUGCAUGCAUUCGACAAGGGGAAUUGGUUGACAUCCUCGAUAGUUAUUAUUGCAAACAUAUAACUUUGAUAGGCGAUAAGAUUUACGAUCUGCCAACUCCUUUAUAUAGAGAAUAAAAUAACACUAAAACAUUCUUUCCACAACCACCCAAUAUAUCAAACAAUAUGCAAGGUGACCUCUUCGAGAGAUUCCAACAAUUUGAAGACAUCCAACCAAUUAAACAUGUGUUCUCUUUAGAUUGUGAUGACUCAGCCACUCAUGCACCUACACAUAGAAAAUAAGACAUGGAAACUCCAGACCUAAAUUUUGGCAGUCCUAUGAUGGAGUAAGAUUCCAUUAAAGGAGAUGAAUCUGAUGAGGAGUAACACAAGGCCUUGCCUCAAUAUAUUUCAUUUCAAUGCAAAAAAUCCACUAAACUAUUGAGAGAAUUAAGAGAUAAACAAAUUGAAGAAUAUUGGAAUUGCCAAUAAACACCAAUUAGCAAGUUUACAGGAUAAUGUCAUGCAUGUUAAACCUAAAUUCAGAAGAACUCUUAUUUCUUUUUUCAAGGAACAGCAUAUUAUUGUCAUUAUAGUGGCUUGUUCUUUUGUCGUCAAUGCAUCAGCAAUGAGUUAAGUGUUAUUCCUCAUCUAAUUCUUAAUAAAUUUGAUUUUAACAAAUAUUAAGUAAGCAAAGAAGCCUUUGAAACCAUUUAAAAGAAUAUGAAGAAAAUCAUCUUUCAAAUCAACUACUUUGAUAAUGUUGUUUAUUAGAAUCAAAUUUUAUAUGACUUUCUAAUUAAAAAACGAUCUCUGAGAUUGAUGUAUGAUUUACUAUGCCAAGACUUUAAUUUUGAUUUUAUUUUCACCUAAAACUACUCUCAUUUACUAUUGCCAAUUAACCUAUUCAGUUUAUAAAAUUUCAUCGACAUUAAUAAUAAAUCUUUAUUUAAAAUUGCUACUAAUGCCUAUGAAUAUGGCUUAGAACACAUCUCUAAAUGUCCAUAAUGUCAAAAAUUAAGUGUUAAAUGUGCUGAAUGUCUAAAAGGUAAUAUUUACAUCUUUGAUAUUAUUGGAACAUAGUACUGCAGAAAAUGCAAGAAAAUAUUUCAUAGGACUUGUUUCUAUGACAAAUGUACAAAGUGUGGACAAAACCAAUAUAUUAACAGAAGCAAAUUAGACCGAUGA